GACGUUUAUCGUAGGUGCCACCUCUAUAUCUACCCUAGUUAUUACCUCGGUUUCUCGAGCAGGCAUUUUCUGUGACACUGUGCAAUGUCGGAAAUCCGUCGAUUAUCUGUUGCACUACUGGCGUUGUCAGUAGGCUUGAUCAUCGCUGGCCUGGCAACUUCUAGCUGGGGAUGUGGUAACCUAUUCGAAGAAUGCCAGAAUCAUGGAGAAAGGACGGCUGUGGUCUCCGUGAUUAUCUUACUCUUGCUGGGGUUGGUCUGUUUAUCCAUUGUACUACUGUUGGACCUGGUCAGCCUUUGUUCAGACACAUUUAGCACACAGGCCGGUUAUUUGACCACCAGAUUUGUUCUACUCUACCUCGGUAGCGGAUGCUUACUCGCUGGAAUACUGGUUUUCACCGGGCUAGUAAGCCACAGGUGGUCAUACUUCGCCGCAACGGUCGGAUGUGUUUUUGCUCUGCAAGUUGCUUUACUCGCUAUCCUAAGCUCUCGUUGUGUGGCAACAAGGGACAGGAUUGGCGUUCGUGCUGUAAGAGCGUAGAUCUUUUAAACUUUGAAGUUCCCAUGUGAGAACGUUACAUGUUACAUAGAGGAUACUGUGAAAAUUACCGACCAUUUGCAGAGAGACAAAGUUAUGUCGCUUAUUGUUUAUCUUAUUUCGACUGUGCGUAUUCUGUUUAUAUUUAAAUCUGAUUCAAGCAUGUCUAGUUGUUCGCAGUUAUUGUUAUACGAUGCAGCUCAUUAAAAUGGUUUUGUAUCAAA